ACUCCUGCUUCUCUGAGAGGAUGCUGCUGGCAGCCUGAGUAUCCCCAGGGCAGGGAGACGGCGUGUGAUACCCUAUAUUACAUACUACAGCUGUAUGAUAGGUGCAGGCAGGGCCCUCGCACGCCUGGGACAUCACCCUGGAAUCACCACUGGACUGACUUUCCUGGAACUGUGAUGAUGGCGGAGCUGAUGUGGAACUUUGUGAGCUGCGUUCUAUACCUCACACUAGGUGGAAGCGGCGCCACGAACUACCCUCCCCGCUACAACCUCUAUACAGGAGGAACUGCCCCCCAAGGGGUGACACAGGCACAGAACGGGGUCCGGGCUGCCACACGCCACAGGAACUGGUGUGCCUACGUGGUGACCCGCACCGUGAGCUGUAUGGUGGAAGAUGGGGUAGAGACCUACGUAAAGCCAGAAUACCAGCCCUGCAUCUGGGGGCAGAUCCAGUGCCCACGCACAGUCAUGUAUCGCAGCUUUGUGAGACCACGAUACAAAGUCGCCUACAAGACUGUGACAGACAUGGAAUGGAAGUGUUGUCACGGAUAUUCAGGAGAUGACUGCAUGGAGGGGACGGCAGGGGCAACGCAGCUCACAACCACUAGGCCAAGGCCACGACCUGUGAGGCCUAACCUCUCUGGAUUCAGUGGUGGGAACCACCUGAGCGGAUCAGGAGGGGAGGGUCAUGGGGACAAAGUGAAGCAACUAGAGGAGAAGGUGCAAUCCCUCACCAAGGAAAUUCACAACCUACAGUCUACAAUGCAAGGAAUGAAUGAGAAAUUCCAGUCGGAGAUUCGUCUGACCAUGCAAACUUUGCUGAAUGGGAAGCAACCUGCAGAUUCUGCACCUGGCCAGUCUGACAUGUCCGAAAAACUUAAUGACAUUCAGACACUUUUGACAGACCUGGACAAAAAGGUUAAAGACCAUGAUCAAGAACUAGGUAACCUAAAUAAUGCAAACAGCAAGCACCCUGGGGCGUCGGAUACGGCAGUAAGCCAGAAACUUUCAGACGUGAAAGGUGACAUCUUACGAGAAGUGGAGAGGAGGAUGCAGCAAUCGUGUUCUGCAUGUCUUGCUGGAGUGGAGGGGUUCCGCAAUCAGCAAAAUGAGGACAGUGAUCGUAUAAGUGGCCUGGAGAAAUUAAUCAACUCUGUGGAGCAGCGGAGCAGAGAAGCUGUGCAGAACAUUCAGUCACGUGUGGUGGAGCUGACCACACGUCUGCCAAAGGAUUGCUGCUUGGAAGUAGCAGAUCUACGCAAAAAGAUGAGCGAAACCGAAAAGAAGACAGAGACUUUGUCUGGAUCCGUCAUCGCUUUAACUGUGCGUCUAGAUAGUGAGCUGGGUGAAAGUGCCAACCAUGCAAUUACUGAAGUGGACAAUGAUCUGAACAGUCGUCUCUCUGACAUUGAAGGUAGAAUGAAUACCACUAGAAGGACAUUAGAGGAACAUUACUACCAUUACCGUGAUGAAAUACAGAAUUUAUUCCAGGACGAGAUGAACAAUCUAAAGGAUGAUUUGAAGAAUCGCAUCAAUGGGAAUGACUACAAAAUUAAUAUUCUACUGACAGAACUGGGUAAUAGCUCUGGGUUCCGAGACCUGAUGGAACAGAAAAUGACUAGCCUAUCUUAUGAUAUUCACUCCCUACAAGACCGGGUUGGAAAUAAUGAAGAACAUCUAAAGAAAGUUGCAGAAGAUGUAAAGGAUCUAAGCACUCAAGUAACAGAUACAAUCCAGAGUUGCAAUGGUCGCUGUCACGGCCAGGAUGCAGAUGUGACAGAAGCAUUGUCUGACUUAGAAAGAAGAGUGAAGAACAAUGAAGAUCAGAUUCAUAUUGUCCAUUCUGAUAUAUCUGAUCUCCGAGUAACUGGAAGCACCAUGCAGGGGACACUCAGUGACCUUGACGAUGAGAUUACAAGUGUUAAAACAUUUGUGGAUGCCAAUGGAGAGUCAUUCACCAAGUUAUUAAAUGAUGCCCAAGAUCGGUUUACAGCGACCAUCUUAGAUGACCUGGACAGAUUUUAUCUCAACACUGCUCAGUACCAAAAUGAAACCAACGGGAAGAUGCUGAGUGUGGAAAAUGAUAUUAAGUCCCUUAAAAAGAUGAUCCAGUUUGAUUACAAGAGCUGUGGACAGGUGUGCUCUAACCUACAGGAGGAAGUGGGCAAACUAAAGGAGCAGGUGGAAGAAUGCACCAGGAGCUGCCAGUUUCUUCAGAGUAAAAUAGAAGAAGAAGAAGACGCCGGAGACCAAAUUGGCUCCAACAAGCCACUUGAUGGCUUCACUGUUUUCGGAGGAAGCUCUGGUGGGGAACUGAAGCACUUACAAGGGGAGCUGUCCAACAUCAUUGUAACAUUCAGUUCCUUGAAUGACAGUGUCAAAGAUCUCCAGGAAAGUGUAGAGAAGCACCAAACAGACAUCCACGAUUUAGGUACCACCAAACACAAGCUCAUUUCUGAGAUCAAUAAGAUCCAGGAGGAGGUGACGGAGCACAUCAAGGACAACACAGAAAAGUUUGACCUCUUCCAGAAAGAAAUCAAUAGGUACGGCAGCACAGUGAUGGAGGAGACGCGGGGAUGCAGGCAUUCUGCUGAUGGCUUGGAAGACCGAGUUGCUAAGCUUGAGAACAUCUGUCUGAAGCUGGAUACAGUCUCUGGCAGCUUGAGCAAGAUAAAGGAGAAUCUGAAUAAACAUGUUUCCGGCCUCUGGAACUGUGUGCAGGAGAUGAACAGCACCGUCAGGACUCACACGGCCUGGUUUGAGAAGCUCCACAAUAGUCAGCUGAAUGGAAUCAAUCGUAGACUGAACACCUUGAACAGUUCGGUGCUGGUACUGUCCUCAGAGUUCCAGAAUUUCACUCUUCAGGACUUCAUGGGACCUCCAGGCCUACCUGGUCCUCCAGGGCCUCUAGGUAAAACCGGCCCACCAGGACCCCAAGGACCAGCUGGACCACCAGGGAGAAAUGGAGGUCCCGGAAAAGAAGGACCUGUUGGACCUCCCGGUAAGACAAAAAUAUAA